CUAUAGAUGAGUGGUCUACUCCUUUAAAAAAAUCUAUCUAUACUUUUGUAAUUAUUACACCUAGCAGAAAGCAAUAUAUUUAUAGUUUAGUAGAUAAAUCAAGCAAAUUUUAUACAGGUUCUUUUAAUGCUUCUGAAAUUGAAAAGAUUUUAAUUGCAGUUGGUACUAAAAAAUUUGUAGCUAUAGUUUCAGAUGCAGAAUCAGCUAUGCAAUUAGCAAAACAAAUAAUUUUUACUAAAUAUUCUUAG